CUCUUUUUUACCAAUUCUCAACUUCUCUCCUCACUUUAAACAAGGAAAUGGCGUUAGUGCAUCGCUUUAUUCUAUUCAAAUUCGAUUGAUUCUUUGCUGUUACUACGAUUUUGCUCUGUUUCAGGAAAAAGUUCAAAAUUGAAAAAAGAAAAGCUCAACCUUCUCUCUCUCUCUCAUAAUUGCAUUGUCCUCUUAAGUUGGUCUUGUCUCAUUUGAGUCGAGGUUGUGAAGUUGGGCUCUCCUUCUACUCUCUUCUCUCUCAUAGCGCGCACCAUUUUCAUCAAGAUUGAAUCUUGUGAGAGAUUCUUGCUCUGAAGGGUUGAAGCUGUUUACAAAAUUGAGUGUGCAAAUUUCAUUACUUUCUACAUCAAAGUUGUGGUUUGGAAGAAUUCAAAGACAGAGAACAGGACUUUUUGUUGUUUUUGAGUUGAUUUGAACAAAAGAUUGGAUUUUUCUGGACUUGGGGUGGGGUGGGGGUGCAAUUUGCCGUAUGAAGAAAUAGUGUGCAAAGAUGAAAGAUGGAAAUUCCAAGAAAUCCAAGCUCUCAUGGUCCAAGAAAUUUAUCAGAAAAUGGUUCAAUAUCAAGAGCAAAAGUGAGGAGUUUCAAGCUGAUGAAGCUGUUUAUGGAGGUGGUGGUGCUGAAUGGAGGAACAGCUUUUCAGAGAGGGAACCAUCUGCAGUCAAGAAAAUUAAAACAGAAAAAUCAGCAAAGAACAUCGAACGCUCCUUUUCACGUUCCCGUUCGAGGCGUGGGAGAGCCUACCUUGAUCACCCUCAGAUCAUAAACGUACAAAACUACAGUCUCUUUGUAUCGACAUGGAACGUUGGAGGAAAGACACCACCGGGAAAUUUGAACUUAGAUGAUUGGUUACAUUCUGCACCUCCUGCUGAUAUAUAUGUGCUUGGAUUUCAAGAGAUAGUUCCUCUUAAUGCUGGUAACAUUCUUGGUGCUGAAGACAAUGGUCCUGCCAAGAAAUGGCUUGCUCUUAUCAAGAGAACACUAAACAAUGCUCCGGGAUUGAGUGGGGGCAGUGGGCGCUGCACUCCCUCUCCCGUUCCUGAUCCUGUCUCUGAGUGGAAUGCUGAUUUUGAGGGGUCAAGCAGGCACAAGGCCUCAACUUUCUUCCCACGUCGAUCAUUUCAGACGCCUCAGUGCUCGAGAAUGGAGAAUGACAUGUCUGCCUCUCAGCCUCGCCUUGAUCGGAGGUACAGUGUGUGUGAUAGGGCAAUUUUCGGUCAUAGGCCUAGCGAUUAUGAUCCAAGGGGUUAUAGGCCGAGUGACUGCUCUUCGAGCCAGAGGGCAAGUGAUUACUCCUCUGGUCCUCGUGCAAGUGAUUACUCGUCCAGUAGGAGGCCGAGCGACUACUCAUGGGGCCAUAGGGCCAGUGAUUUUUCACGUUUGGGUUCUGAGGAAGAUUAUCUGCCCGGGGAGUCGCCUAGCACAGUUUUGUAUUCGCCUAUGUCUUACAGCACGAACGAGACGCCAGAAAAUGGAUGCGCUGUUCCUGGACACUCGAGAUACUCUUUAGUAGCUAGCAAGCAAAUGGUUGGGAUUUAUCUCACUGUUUGGGUUCGGAGCGAGCUGGCAGAACAUGUCAAGAACAUCAAGGUCUCGUGCAUUGGCAGAGGAUUGAUGGGCUACCUCGGAAAUAAGGGAUCCAUCUCUAUUAGUAUGUUGUUGCACCAGACGAGCCUUUGCUUCGUGUGCAGUCACUUGACCUCUGGUCAGAAAGAAGGCGAUGAGCUACGACGAAAUUCUGAUUUCAUGGAGAUCUUGAGGAAAACAAGAUUCCCUCGAGUCAAUGGUGUCAAUGAGGAGAAAGCACCCGAGACCAUUCUUGAACACGAUCGAAUUAUCUGGCUUGGAGAUCUGAACUAUCGAAUAGCGCUGCCUUACCGGUCUGCUAAAGCACAUAUCGAAAUGCAAAAUUGGCGAGCGCUAUUGGAAAAAGACCAACUGCGGAUAGAGCAGAGACGGGGUCGUGUUUUUGAUGGAUGGAGGGAAGGGAAGAUAUAUUUCCCUCCUACUUAUAAAUACUCACAUAACUCAGAUAGAUAUGCUGGAGACGACAUGCAUCCGAAAGAGAAACGAAGGACACCUGCAUGGUGUGAUCGAAUCUUGUGGUAUGGCGGUGGCCUUCAGCAAUUAUCAUACGUUCGUGGGGAGUCCAAGUUUUCGGAUCAUAGGCCUGUUUCUAGUGUGUUUUGGGCGGAGAUCGAGUCAACACCAAGCCGGCUGAGGAGAAGUAUGAGCUGUUCCUCAAGAGUCGCGGUGGAGGAGCUGUUACCUUACUCACAUGGUUAUACAGAACUCUGCUUCUUCUGAGAAUGCGACGAAAUUAAUCUGCUCGUGUCUCCGGGCUUUUUCUACAGAGGAACGACGGGGACAUCUCUUGGCCCAAACAUCGAGAAAGAUGUAGAUAUUUACAUUUCGGAGCGCCCUAACUUUACACGACAUGGCUUGAUCGUUUUCUCCUUUUUUUCGGAGCCUCAUUCAUUUUCAAGAUUCUUGGAUUCCCAUCACUAGGCGACAGACUACUGUCUCUCUGAGGUCCGAAACGCGUGCCUCCUUGACCAGGUACCGUGUUUGAGUCGGUUCUAACGGCUCCUCAUUGGAAAAUGGUCGAGUUCACAGAGAUGUUAACGCGCGCAUGAUGAUCAAAGACAGCCAAGUGGGGAUGCAAGAUUCUUGUUUUUCUUUCUCUUGUGUUUAGAUUUGUGAGAUUCUUUAUUUGUUAAGACAAGAAGGGAGUUAGAAAUGGUCAAAAUAAAGACCCUCCUUUUCCUCUUUUUCUUUUUUGUAUCUUGAAUGAUGAAAAGGAAGAGUAGUGUGUGAUGUUACACUCAUUGCCAACAUGGUAUGAGCAAAACAAAAAAUAUAGGACUGAAAUUUGGCCAA